UUGUUCCCCUGUUCCACCUGUGCUGUCCCUUUAAGAUUAGACAUUUCAAUCUAGGCGUGUUUCCUGCUGCCAUUGACUGAAACCAAGAGCUCAUCCUACAGGAAAAAAAAAAAGAGGAGCUCAUCACACAGCGCAACGCAUUUCUGUCCCACAAAGCCGAUAAUUCCUCCAUUUUUCCUGUGAUCUGGUUGAUGAGGUUGUCCGUCUGGGCUGCAGCAUGGUUUCAGUCCGGGGUUUGUGACUGCAGUGGGGCUGUUCCUGCUGCAGCAGCUCGCCUGCGCGCUCCUUUAUCAUUUUUCUUUAUCGAGAUGAUAUGAACGUCAAGCCCUCAAGGUUCACUCUACCACAGCCACGGGUGGAUUUUGUUUGCCUAUAGUGGGAAACAUCUGUCACAGUCGUUCGGAUGGAUUUCUAAUCAUCUACAGCUCUGAGCGGACCGUGGAGGGAUUAAAGACCUGCCUGAGGAGAAGGGGGAGCGUCGCUGUGGGAAUGAAAACACGCUGCAGUCAGAGUAGGAAGCAAUAAUGAUGUGACCGCGACAAUCCUAAAGGAAAAUGCAGCGGAAGUCUUUAAUACCCGAGCAAUCUGCCUGUUUUUGACCGAACAUCACUGGCCCUAUCGGUUUGUUCCAGUUUAAUCAAGUGAAGAUAUUGGAAAAAGGAGCCACCAUGUCGGCGGUGAUGAUAACGCGAAAGGUGCGAAAAUGGGAGAAGCUCCCCGGCAAGAACACCUUCUGCUGCGAUGGAAGGGUGAUGAUGGCCCGACAGAAAGGGAUCUUCUACCUGACCCUGUUCCUCAUCGUCGGGACCUGCUCGCUCUUCUUCGCUUUCGAAUGUCCGUACCUGGCUGUCCACCUGUCUCCUGCCAUCCCAGUUUUUGCUGUGCUUCUCUUCCUGUUCGUCAUGGCUAUGCUGCUGAGGACGAGCUUCAGUGACCCCGGGGUGCUGCCCCGGGCCCUUCCAGAGGAGGCCAACUUCAUAGAGAUGGAAAUCGAGGCUGCUAAUGGGAACGUCCCUUCUGGGCAGCGACCUCCACCUCGAAUCCGCAACGUCCAGAUCAACAACCAGAUCGUCAAGCUCAAAUAUUGCUACACCUGCAAGAUCUUCCGACCUCCACGAGCAUCUCACUGCAGCAUUUGUGACAACUGUGUUGACCGUUUUGAUCACCACUGUCCAUGGGUGGGAAACUGUGUGGGCAAGAGGAACUACAGAUACUUCUACUUGUUCACCCUGACCCUGUCCCUGCUCACCAUCUACAUCUUCGCCUUCGACAUCGUCCACGUCGUCAUGCGCUCAGUGGAUCAAGGCUUUUUGAACACCUUGAAGGAGACACCUGGAACUGUACUGGAGGUGCUGGUGUGCUUCUUCACCUUGUGGUCAAUGGUGGGACUGACUGGCUUCCACACAUACCUGAUCUCUCUCAACCAGACCACCAACGAGGAUAUUAAAGGCUCUUGGUCUGGAAAGAACAGAGGCCAGAAUCCUUACAGCCACAAGAACAUCAUCAAAAACUGCUGUGAGGUUUUGUGUGGCCCCACAUACCCAAGUGUCUUGGACAGACGAGGCCUGAUGCAGGAGGAUUCGCCUGCUUUUGCAACCAGUGAAGGCCCUUGCUCCUUCGACAACCCAGUGGCGCAAACUACGAAAUCCACAGCUCCACUCAUCCCCAACGAGCUCACACCUGAUGAUGUCAAACUGAGCUUUGCAGCCUCAGCAGAAAAGAGUCCCUCCACUAAAGAAGAUCAGCCCCCGGCUCCAAAGCUACCACCUUUGGCUUCCCCCGAGACGGACGCAGACGCAUCCAUCGCCAAAAACCAUUAGCUGGAUGAAGUGGGCGGCCCCGGUCAGAGCCACUCUUCCAGCAUUCUGUCGACUCAUGAACUAGAAAAAUACUAAUAAUCAACAUCUGAUGCUAUGAGGGUGACUCUGUUAAUCUUUGACUCUCAUCCCAACUUCCCCAAAAGGAGUGGAGCUCUGGCUACCUCUCCCACUCCUCACUAGUCUUCCCAGCAGUUGCUGCAGAGAAGUUUGAUUUAACUCCUAGAGGAGAAAGACUGAUUAGAUGGAAAAUCUGCAACUUCCAGUCUCCUGAACACUGCAUGGAAAAGACAUAAAGGAGAGACACUGCUUGGGGAUCUUACUCUGAUUGAUUUAUUGUUCAUCAUUUGAAAUUGUAAAAUGAAAUUUAUUGUCAGAGGCCAGUUCAAAUAUACUCAUUGUGAACAUCAGAGACAAAGGGUUUGAUUUCUGAACAUCUGUUAAAUCAAUAGUCAUCUUUGUUGUACAUAAAUUACAUACCCUAUGCAAACCAUUAUGAAGCUGGACAAGCAACUUUGUGAAAAUUGGGUAUAAGCAGUUAUGACCUCUGUGAGUAAAUGUUAUGUCCAGGCAGGAGGAGGAUGUGCAAAUCCUUAACUGACCAGACUCCUUCCAGGCAAAGUCUAUCUUGUCUUUUGAUAUUGCUGCAUUCAGUACUGUUCUCACAUAUGUGCAUUCGUGCAUCUUUUUUUUUAUCGAUCUCAACUGCUGUAUUUCUUUUUUUUCAUAUAACUAAGGAUGUAGUAUGAUAUUGAGGCUCCUAAGAGGAGGAAACUCCAGCUGGUGUUGAGCUUCUGAGUCUGAGAAAAGAAAGAGAGGGCCUAAUGAGCGCAGACACUCGAAUUAACAGUGCCUUAUCAAUGCAGCUGCAACUCGACUUCGAUAGCAGGGAAGCUCCUCUAACAGUGUUCAAUAAAAAAAUUAUAUUUAAAGUGUAAUUUGACUUUUUGCCAGAAAAAAUAGCGACCAUCUUGUAGGUUUUUCAGUAGAUUGAAGACACUAAUAAACCUGGUGGGUAAGGCUAGUUUCUCAGCUUAGCUUUGCUUAUUUUAGCUCAGCUUACUUUACCUUUGUGUGAAAAUAAGCCCCUACUUAGAAAAAUUACUGCAAGACAAUGAAAAUAAGUUUUCUUUCUGUAAAUUUCUGAAUGUUUUUUUAUUUGAAGGCACUGGGAAGGUGUUUUUUAUAAAGAAUAAGUAAGCCUUAUUUGUAUUCUGUUAAGUUUAAGUUAGGCUAACUAGCUGUUAAUGCUGAAUCGGGUCGAUGUAAGGGCAUGAAUUUCCUCAUUUAAUGCACAAUAAAGUAGAAAAAGGUGCAAUAAAAAAUAGAAACUGAAAAUAUAUAGUUUGAUUUAUAACGCUUUUAAAAACACUAAAAUCUAUCCAGAAGAAUUGUUUUUGGCUUUUGUGACUGAGAAAUCAGGUUAAUUUAAUUGCUCAUUAGAUAUUUAAAAUAUAAUUUUAAUUUUUAUAAAUAAAUCAUUUUUCUGGGAGUUUUUUUUGCACAUGACACCACAUCUGAUUAAAACUUGAUGGGACAGCCAAGCGUCUUGGCGUCAAUUAACUUAGUUUAGGCUAGUUUCUCAACUUAGGUUAGCCAAGCUCACCCUAGUUUAUUGCCUAGCUCACCUUUGUGUGAAAAUAAGCCCCUUCUAGAGAAAACUGCUCACAACUCAAUUAAAAUAAUUGGAUAUGGGUUUCUGUAAAGUAAAAACUAAAGAAUUUUUAGUUGCUGGAAGGUGUAUUUUUUUGUAAACCCUUUUCAAAAUAAAACAAGUUUUUUCACUUUUUUACUAAGCUAAGUUUAAGCUAAGAUUACUAGCUGCCAAGGUUGGAUCUGUUCUGUCUAGUGGCAUAGAUUCCUUGAUUUAACUCAGUACAAGAUCAAAGUAGUGUUUAUAAUUUCCUUUACACUAAAAAGGGAUUUGAUAAAAUAAUUUCUUUCUUUAUAAUGCUUUUAAAAACACUUUCCACAGAAGUAAAUUGAACAUUAAUUUUUGACAAUGUUAAAUAAGAUGAAUCUAAUGGUUUUUAAAAUAUUAAAAAAACUAUGUUGCUGCAUGAUUUAAAUUAGAUUAAAACCAGUUGUGUCUGAUUGAAAAUUAAUGGGACAUACAAGAUUCUCACCCAGCCUAGCUUUAGCCUAGCCCAGCUUCUUAAGCCCCUGCUUAAAAAAAACAACUAAUAAUACCAUCAAAAAUAUUUUCCAUUUCUUUAAAUUUAAAACGUUUUUGUUAACCUUUGCAGAUGUUCAGAUGUGUACUUUUUAUCUUUGACCAGAAUAAAUCCGUUUUUUCUGUUUUCUGCUAAGCUAAGUUUAAGCUAAGCUAAGUAGCUGCUAAUAUUGGAUCGGCUGAGUCUAGAAAAACUAGCUUCUUCAUUUUACAGCCGAAAUACUUAAAAUUAAAUAGAAAAUGGUGACUAAAAUUGUGUUCCUUAUACAAAGGAAACUGCAAAAAUUAGUUAACUUAAUAAUGCUUGGAACAAAUAAAUACAUACAUUUUCACCAGAGGUUAAUUGAUCCGUUUUAGAGAUACAGUAUUCCAUCUUUGAUUUGGUCUCGGAAAAAAUCUGAUAAGCCGAUGUUCCUCUGUCACGGAGAACUGGGAAUGGAGUCUAUGAUACAAAAUACAAAGUAAAACCAUUAUUUAAAUGUAAAUUGUAAUGGGAUGUAGAGCUACGAUGAAAUAUUUUAAAGUAAUGGAUAAAGAAGCGUUGCUAAGGUUUAUUGUUCAGCAUGUUCUGCAACAUCAUGGCAGAGGUGUCUUUCCGCAGCAUAUUCUCUCCUCUUGCCAUCCUCUGCCUCUAAAGUCAACUCUUCCUCACAUGUCACUGUAUCUUUGGUGUGAUGGUUGCUCCUGCAGCGUCCCUAUGGCUGAAGCACCUAAUGCAGCAGACAGUUUUGAUGGACUUGUUAUCACAGAGAGAAGAACAGGAAGAUGAGCUCUAUCUUUUCACUCAUUAGUAUUUAGAAGGUGUUAGCUGAUAGAGAGAGUCUGUAGUAGUGACUGUGUUGUAUGCAAGACAACAAGUUUGUGUUUGUGAAUCCUACUUAUGUAGACAUAAAGUAUUAUAUGAGACAAAUCUGCCGAAAAGAGUUAGAUGGGGUUUAGUUUUGGCCUAAACUCUGGAAAUCUUAAAGGCGACACUCAUGAGAAGGAAACAACUUUUAGGAACCUAAGGAUGGAAUUUUGUGUAAAACCUGAGACAAAUGUAAGAAAGGCACAUAAAUGAAUAAAAAAUAGGGCCGGCGUGUAAGCUAACAAAAUUUCUUCACUUUGUUAGUUACAAAAAUGAUUUAAAAGAACAGAGUUGGCCACUACAUAUUCGUAAAUACAAUACUAAAAAAAUCUGUUGACCUAUACAAAAAUAGAAAAAGUUUACAUUUUGAUAGCAGCUUGCAACUCUUGUGUAAUGCCAAAAUGUUGCCAUGAUGUGGUUGUAUUGUUUCCGCACUCCAAUAAAUGUUAAAUUGCCAGUAAAAAAGUGCUUAACAAAAAGCUGAACUUCUUUACUUUGUGGAAAGCAUUUUAAAAUGGCUUGGUGUUAUCGAGAAGCAAGAAUGUAUGUAGUUCAUAUCGGAGAAUAGGGAUGUUUGUGUUCUGAAAGCACAUUAUAAAAGGACCGAUGAACCUUUACGUUUUAUAGCUGACGGUUUGAAGACCAGUCUUAGCUGUUGUAUUUAUAAUUCCUGUGUUUAAAGAAAAAUCAGAUCUGAAUGCUCUGAUCAGUCACUGCUUUAUAUUUACAGAUACUUUGAUGAAAUUAUUUAUGUUCUCUUUGUUUGGUAUCAACACUGUGAUUCUAUGUAUUUCAUUCAAAUUGCUUCACUUCUUUUUACAUGAUCUGUGUGUUCGUUGAAUAAACCUUGUUGUCUUACUAUAAAGGGA